AUGCGUGUCAGCGUCGACUCUUCGCCGACGGACGCGCUGCGCGGGCGCUCUCCCUCCAUCCCGUCGAUCAACAUCCAGGACAGCGAUGCCGAGAACCGAUGCGUGCAGCCGAUGCAGCACGAUAAGUUAUGCUCCAUCUCACAGUCACCCGUCGCCCAUCUCGGCAGAUUCCGCUACGGGCAGACGGCGAACACGCCGCUCUUCCACCGUCGCCUCGAAGAGCUCGGCGUGACGAAGGUCACCGAGGGACAGGAUUCCAUGUCGCCGGAAGCUCGCCGCCUGGCCGCCCAGCGUUUCCCGUCAAUGGAGCGCCUCCGGCAGUCGAUGCAGAAUCUGUCGUCGACCGAGGAUCCGGCCAAGAAUCGCCCCGUCUCUCCCCACCUCGACCAGUUCAAGAGCCGGCAAUUUUCCUUUUCCCUCGAUUACCAAACGAACAAUAAUGAGGUAACGCUGCGUGCA